AAAUACACUCAGAAGAACACAGGUUUGAAACAGCCCAACCACUUUUCAGACCGUUGCUAAAUGGCAUUUCCUGUUACAUUUCUCCCCUUUUGCUUAAGGGAUCCCGGAAGUGGCAUGGAACCACCAUGAUGUCAGAUAAAGAAGAAUCAAGUGCUGCUCGCUGUUACCUGGAUGAGAAAAGCUUCCAUAUCUGCUGCCAGCUUUUCCUCCAGCAUUCCAGUGUCCUCAAAGAUGGAUGGAGCUGGACAGAGUUCAAGGGUGUUAAAGAAGGCUACAUGAAAAAGACUGUUCUAAUACCUGGAAGAUUUUCUUCUUUGCUUAACCAGUUUUGGAAGCACAAGACUGAAAACAUGGAUGCUCUGGUAGAAGACCAGGUGGAUGAUGAUGAUGAAGAUCAAGCUGUAUGUGAAAACCAAGCUGUGAUGUGCUAUGAAUAUCAUGUUCUAUACUCCUGCAGCUAUCAGGUCCCUAUCCUGUACUUCAGAGCAUCUACACUGGAUGGACGGCUUUUGUCCCUUGAAGAGGUUUGGAACAAUAUUCACCCAAACUACAGAAAACGUCUACUGCAAGGACCUUGGGAUACUCUAACCCAGCAGAGUUCCGAAACUACCUUUGGAAGUGACAUCAGCACAAGAACUAUGUUUCUCUGGCUGAGCAGCUACACACAAGCCUCUGAUCACUAUACACUAUAUAAAGUGUUGGCUGGAGUAGUGUAUAGCAUACCACCACUGGAGUCUUUUGGCUUUUGGUUGGGAAACAAGUAGCAUUGAAUCUGGACAGAGAAUGCUGAGCGUGUUUUCUGAAAUUGAAUUGUAACUUAUGAGAACCCCAAAAAGGCAUUCAUUAGCGUCCAAUGUUAUGUAAAUGUUAUGUAAAUAACCACAGAAAUGUUUAUUUAAGACUAUAUAUAACAUUUAUGUGUGUAAAUGUUUGGAUUACAGUAAGACAAGUGUUGGCUGGAGUAGUGUAUAGCAUACCACCACUGGAGACUUUUGGCUUUUGGAUGGGGAAACAAGUAGCAGUGAAUCUGGACAGAGAAUGCUGAGAGUGUUUUCUGAAAUUGGAUUGUAACUUAUGAGAACCCCAAAAAGGCAUUCAUUAGCAUCCAAUGUUAUGUAAAUGUUUAUUUAAGACUAUAUAUAACAUUUAUGGGUGUAAAUGUUUGGAUUACAUUAAGACUGGUCCUUAUACACACAAUUCAGCAACUGUUUUCGAUAUUUAAAAAAAUUAGACUGAAAUAAAUAUGCCAUGACAGUAUUCAAUCAAAUAGAUAGAUCUUUAAAUUUGAGUGAUAUUCCAAAAUAAUAUAUGAUGAAGAUUUUUGUCCUUUGUAAGAAGAAGAAUAGUUAGAUGAUGCUGGUCUACUCUGCUAAAAUGUCUGCAUUUUAUUAAUUUCACUGCAUUUCUAACCCUAUAGACUUACAUGAACAUUUUUACAUUUUAUUAAAAUUAAUGUAUCGGCAUCAACAUUGACAGAUACGUACAUAAAACAUAUUGGAUAUCUGCAUUGUUUCACAUCAAUGCAUCCCUACUUGGUUGUCAAACACUAAAAAAGAAAUUUGAAGUCCAUUUGCUAUGUAGCAUGUAGAUCAGCUCAAAACUCUAAAACUAAAUGCCCGUGUUGUUCCAUGUUUCCAUUUCUUUUUCUUGUAUGCAAAAGAUGAUUGCCUCCCUGAAAAUUCCAUAACAGUAAAUACAUGUACUUAAAUUUGGACGUUGCCAACAAGAUACUGGUUUAGACUUAUUAUUUCUGUAGGUCCAGAACUAUCCUGUCACUGACCAUAAGCUUUCCUAUCUGGAUAAGUGAUUUUCAAUGCUGCUGCCUCGACUUUGGGCUGUAUUUACAAAGGUGUGUGUAAAACUUAUAGAAUGUGCUGAAACAUCACUGUUGGCUCUACAUUUGCAACUGAUGUAGUAUGAUGUAGCAAUUUGAAUUUUACAGAUUUUAAAACAAAUCAUCUCAGAGUGCAUGUGGACCCAUUGUAGUAAAGCAGACAGAAGAAGAAAAAAAAUCCCUCUGAAGAAAAUAAGAAUCCAUACAUUAUCAUACCAGCUUAUUUAAAAAAUGGAAAUUUAGUAAUAAUUAUAAUAAUAAUAAUAAUAAAUUGUAUGGGAAAAGAAACAUGGGUAGGUAUUUUUUAUUUUCCAAAAUGCAUUAGAAGUACGAAAGUUCAAAACAAAUAAAAAUCAAAUUAAAAUAAAUUGGUAAUUUUCAUCCAUUUCUUUCCAAAUACAUAAUGUACAAUACAAUAUUUUUCAUAUAAGAAGAGCUAAUGGUCCAAAGAAAAAGUCCAAAUAGAAAGUCUGGCUUGGGAAAACAAAGACAAUGAUAAAAGCAAACUGCUAAAUAGAGGAAGAACUUACCAGAAUUGUAAUAUUUUUUAUGUUGAAAAGGUUGCUUUUAAAAAAUCUGAAUGAGAGUAAUUCUCUAAUGGAAAAUUGUCUUUGGCUUUUCUUGCACCUUAAGACUGGCAGCCAUUUUCAAAGUAAUUACGCCUUUUUCUUGCAUUUAAAAACAUGCUGAACAGUAAUAAGGUUAGUAACUCCAGGUUGUUAAUUUGUACAGUUACAGAUUUUUCACAGAUUUUCCCUAUUUUUGCACCUUAAGAGUAUGAGGCCCUAAAGUGCUUCUUCAUGAAGUCGGACACGCUUAAGCCAGUGGCUUUUUGGUGCUUUUAUGCAUGCAAAAUUAAUCAGCGCCACUGCAAACAUUAACCAGAUGCAGCCCUUAGUAUUUGCCAUGGGAAGUCAUUAGUGUCAAAUCCUACACUAUUUCAGUAAAGAUUCAGUAAAGAGAACUUACAAUUUGUCUCUUAUUACUUGAAGGGCCUGCCAAAAUAUAAGCCUAUUCUGUUGAUAAAAGUCCAGUUACAGAAAAUAUUCAGUGUGGAGCAGUUACAAAAUGUAUUGUAGCAAGAUGAGGUAAAGUAAAGAUUAACCAAACUGGCUCUUUGUUUGUGCUAAAGAGCAUCAGAGUUGACUGUAGAGGUCUGCACGGGCCUGAUUAUUAAUAAUAAUAUAAUCUGUGUCAGCAUUAUAUUUAUGGAGCCCUGGAGGGGACUGAGGUAAAAAUAUUAAUUUGAGUGAAAGUUUUGCCAUUUGUAUGCACGUUUUCUUUUAUUCAUGGUCACGAUUUCUUAAUUCGUUCCCACGACUAAGAACUCCUCUCAUUUUCUAGUACUCAUGUGUACAUUUUCUUUAAUUUGUGGGUACAUUUUUUUUAUUUAUUUAUGGUCACAGUGUCUUCAUUCGUUCUCUUGUUUUCUUUUAAUCAUGCUCAUGUGUUCUUUUUUUUUUAUUGUGCACAUUUUUUUUUAGUUUGUGCACAAACAAAAUAAAUGUCAUUUACGUAAUUAUGUACGUAAUUUAAGUAAUUACAUAAUACCAUGAGCCCACAACCUGUUGGCUGUUUACCGGCAAUGAGCGUGGUGCUUCAAAAUAAAUCCUUCCCGCAAGUUAUUUGCAGAUCACACAGGACCCAGGAGUGAACCUGCCUUCUGCAGACAACUAGUUCACUACUGAUUUUGAACUCACAUACUGGUGAGAAACUCGCAUCAGCAGCUGAACUGGUGAGCAGUUAAUCAUACAGUGAAUCAACAUAUGCUCCCCAAAGUACUGAUGAUUUUCUAAGCUUUGGGUUCAACCUGUGAUUGUCACACCUGAUCUAAGUCAUGGUUAAUGAUAAUAGUUUCUAAUAGGAUAGUUGAUUCUGAAAUGAUAACACACACACACACACACACACAUUUUCUAAGCCGCUUAUCCUUCUGGGUCGCAGGGGGAGCUGGAGCCUAUCCCAGCAUUCAUUGGGCUGAAGGUAGGAUACACCCUGUACAGGUUGAAAUGGUAACAUUUAGUGGAAAUAUAAGGCUGGAUUCCUAGCACAAAUCUCAUCACUUACUAGCACAACACCUUCACUUUAAAGGUGUUCCUAAACUAUAUAUCACCUCUGAGAAAUUCAGAUGGAAGAAACAGUUUGAACAUAUUGAGUUCCGUGUAUGUGACACUACAACAGUUCCUAUAACUAUGCUCCUUUCCCUCUUUUGCUGUUUAAUGAGGGCAGCUGGUGUUCUGCUAUUACUGGACAUUUUAUAUGCUUAUUUAUUUGUAAAGAAUACUGUUAGUACAUAUUAUACCUGUAUGUUUAUAAUUUUUU